AUGCUGGCACCUGUUGCUGCUGCUGCUGCAGCUUCCUUGGGGGGCCCACUCGGCGCAGCAGCAGCAGCAGAUCGCCAGGGGGGGGGCUACUACUUUGCAACUUCUCUCCCCCCCACAGUUGUUACUUGCUGCUGCAGCGUGCGGCUGAGAUCCCCGUACACCCCAACUCUUGUCUUGGCCAGGCCCCGCUCUUUGGUUUUUUUGCACCCCAACUCCAAGAGCAGGCGCCGCCGACGCAGCAGCAGCAGCAGCAGCAGCAAGGAUCGGGGGUACAGCAGCCCGAGCGCCGGCGCCGACGCCUCCUGCUCUUCCCCCCCCGGAUCCGCCCUCACAGCAGCAGCAGCAGCAGCAGGAGAAGCAGCAGCAGCAGCAGAUGAGGGGGAGGAAGCUGGAUCCCCCUACUUCAGUCCUCCCGUGACGCUGCCGUGUCGUUCUGCUGUUGCUGCUCUUGCUGCAGUGCCGCGGGCGCCCCCCUGCGGCGCUGCUGCUGCUGUCUGUACACCUGAAGAAGACAAAGAUGAAGACAAACACAAGGAAGGACUUGAAGAUCUUUUAGUUUUGACAGACUGCCAAACCCUCAUGCUUCUUACCUACGACAGGAAGCAGCGCAAAGUCAUUCCCAUCGAGCUUUUCGACCUGCGGCUCCCUUGCUUCCGGAGAAUCAAGGGGAGGCCCUUGUUGGCCGUUUGUCCCCUCACAGGAGACAUUGCAAUUCACCAGUACGAGUUCAGGCUGCAGUACCUGCAGCGCCGCCGAGUCAGCAGCAGCAUCAGCAACAGCAGCAGCAGCAGUAGCAGCAGCAGCAGUAGCAGCAGGGAGCCAGACUGCAGCAGGGCGAAGCGAGUGAAGGAACAGGGACAGUCCCCGCAGUGGCAGCAGGCGAAGCAGGAAGGCUCGUCGUCUCAGCAGCAGCAGCAGCAGCAGCAGCAGGCAGCAGCAGAGAGUGCAGCAGCUCUUCCCCUGUACAACCCGCUGCGGGUGGUGUUCGUGCACGAGUUGGGAAUCCUGGACAUAGCCUUCGUGGCUCCGAAGAUGCGGCAGCAGCAGCUGAGCAGCAGCAGCAGCAGCCGGGAGGCGCUGUUUUCGGGCUGCGGGCGCGCAGCAGCAGCGGGAGAGGGCGUGUGGGGCAGCAGCAGCAGCGGGCAGUGCCAGCAGCUGGGGUGUCUGUACACCUGCAGCACCGUCAGCAGCAUGAGCUGCUCCUCCCCCAUUUGUCCUCCAGAUCGUUAUUUGCGGCUGCUGCACCUGCCGCAGGAAGAUGUACCCUUUAUAGACACAGACCCAAUUAGCUGCUGCUGCGGGGCCCCCCCGGGGCCCCUCCCGCUGCCGGGGGGGGCCUCCCGGCUGCUGCCGCUGCCGCUCCCCAUUGGUGGGGUUGUUGUGUUUUCCCCCAAAAGCAUAUCUUGGCUAGCUGCCCAGCCUCCCCACAGGGACAGAACUGCUGCCAAGAAGCACUUUGCUGCGGCGCCCUCUGGCAGCAGCAGCAGCAGCAGCAGCAGUAGCAGCAGCAGCAGCAGCAGCAGCUCCUUCGUCGGGAUUGGCCCAGCGGCUGCUGCUUCCGCCAGAGGCCUCAGCCCAGUUUGCUCGCAAACUACUUUUCCUGGCUGCGACGAUAUUGUUGCUGCUGCGCUUCUCUCGGGGCCUGCAGCAACGCUUUCUCCAGCAGCAGCAGCAGAGCAGCAGCAGCAGCAGCAAACCUGCGUCUUCGUCGCCGUCGACGCCAGGGGAAACGCGCUGCAGGCCGUCCUGCGUGUUUCGCCCCCGUCCGUCUCAGACAGCAGCAGCAGCAGCAGCGGCAGCAGCAGCAGCAGCAGCAUUGGCAGGUGGGACGACGUGUCUUUGUCUGUUUGCUUCCUGGGCCAUGCAUGCGAAACUUCUCAGCUGUCUCCUCUCGGGCCCCACACCUUCUUUGCUGCUUCCACCUGCAGCGACAGUUUGGUGCUGGACAUUAGAGAGCCAGCAGCAGAUGGUUUCUGCAGCAGCAGCAGCAGCUGCUGCAGCGGCUUAGGCCUGAGCCUGUCCUCUGACGAGGCAGGAGGCGUCGGCGCUGCUGCAGAGUGGCUGCAGCAGCCGCAGCCAGCAGAGCAGCAGCAGCAGCAGCAGCGGGGGCGUCUGCGAGUGCUGGAAGCCCUAAGUAAUUUGGGGCCAAUCGUAGAUUGCUGCAUAGCAGACUUUGAGGGCAAGGGACAAAGACAGCUGGCGGUUUGCUGCGGCAACGGCAGCAGCGGGGCCGUGCGGUUUGUACGAGAUGGCCUCUUUUUGCAUUCUGCUGGUGCUGCUGCACUGCAGCAGCCCGUGGAAGGUCUUUGGUGUUUGCGGCUGCUGCGAGGCGGCUCGCUGCUGCUGCUUGCUGCCGUUUCCACGCCGUGUCGCACUUUGCUGCUGCAGUGGAGGGGCAAGCCAAGUGCGAAGCCCGACGCAAGGGCUAUUGUGGCUUCCCGCAGCUGGAAGGAGACUGAGGACGGUGGGGAGAUUGAGGCGCUGGAGGGCCUGGGGGCUCUUGUCACUUCGCAGCCUUCACUUAUUUGCUGCCUUUUCAAGCCAGAAGAUGCAAACUCAGCAGCAGCAGCAGCAGCAGCAACAGACACGGAAACUGCAGAGGCAGGCCAACCCAUGGAACAGGAUGGAGAAGACUUCCCACGCGCGUCAGGGCGAGACUCUCCUUUAGUGGUUCUUCAGGUUUUGCACCGGGGGCUCUUGGCGCUAGAUGGCUGCGAGGCUUCGCUGGCGCUGCAGGCUGCGGUGUCUGUACACCUCACGGCGGCGGCCGGGGGGGGCCCCUUGCUGCAGCUGCAGCCUUGUGGCCCCAGUGCCUUGUUUGCUGCUGCUGCUGAGGCUGCGGAGUCGCGCAUCAGUGCUGCUUCCGUGGCUCCUGUGGCAGGCAUCGGGCGGGGAUCGGCUGCUGCUGCAGCGGGAGAUGUUCUGCUGCUGACUGUUGACACUGCUGCUGCUGCUCUCUCCUUCAGAAGCAGCAGCCGCAGUUUCUGCUGUCUCCAGACCAGGGACUUGAAUGAUGAGGCCUCUGCUGCGCAUGCAGCUCGGCUGGACAUUCCUGACCCAACAUCUGCAGCAGCAAGCGACGAGGCCGCUGCUGCUGCUGCACCUGCUGCUGCUUCCAUUUCCGUUGCCCUUGCUGCUGUGGGGUUGUUUGGGGAGGGCACCGUCCGUCUGCUGUCGCUGCCCAACUUGGAACAUCUCAUGACCGUUGAUGCAUGCAAGGGCGAGAUGGGCGCUUGGAUCGUCUCCACGCUGGUCUGCUGCAUGAGAGGCGUCGCUCUUUGCUUAGCUGGGCUUAGCAACGGCCGGGUGGUGCUGUUCCGUCUGGGCUUCGCGGCUGCGGAGCCAGCAGACAGCAGCAGCAGUAGCAGCAGCAGCAGCAGCAGCAGCAGCAGCAGCGGGAGUGCGCUUAUGACGGGGCACUUCGUGGACACAGGGUCAGCUAUCCGUCUGCGUCUGUCUUUGCUGUCGGGGCGAGUCUUUUCUGUGGGGGGUGGCCCUGUCCGCGUUGUGAGUCUUCCGCGGCUUCCAUUUGCUGCUGCUGCUGCUGCUGCUAAGCGCAAGGAGGAGCGCCGCCGACGCAGCAACAGCAAGGGCGAAAGGUCGAAGCUGCGCGCAGUCUCCCCUCGGCAGCGACUAAGUGCAGAAAUAGAGGCCCGCCAUGAUGUCUCUUGUGUCGUUUGCUGCUGCUCGAGCCCCACCAUCAUACACGUCUCUGCAGCAGGGAGCCUCACCUACAACCACGUUCCCUGCGUCUCGCUGCAGCACGUUGCUGACUUCAGCUGUGGGGCCACAGACCCCCAGCUGGGCCUGCUGUGGGUAGAAGGCGCUUCUGCUGUUUCCGCCGCAGCCGACAGCAGCAGCAGCAGUAGCAGCAGUAGCAGUGGGUGGUACCGUUCGCCGGUGGGCGGCCAGCAGCAGCAGCAGCAGCAGCAGCCACGGGCAGUGCUGCACGUGGGAGUGAGGGAACAGGCGCAGCGGCUGCACUCCCGCGUGCUGCCUGUGGGGCGCACUGUAGAUGCGCUGUGUCCAAUUGAGUCUGUCUCUGUGGUGGCUUUGGCCUGUCCUGCAGAAGUUGUGGAUGGCCGGGAAGAGCCCAGCUGCGUCUUAUUUGUGAAUCCCGUCACGAAAAAUGUCGAAGGCAAAUUCGUUUUGCCCCAGCCCACACAUGUGCCCUCGGCGCUGUGUCUGGGGCCCUCAGGGGUCCUAGGGGGGCCCCCUGGAGCUUCUUUCAACAGCAGCAUGGCAGCCAAAGGCCAGCUGGAGCAGCAGCAGCAGCAGCAGUUGCUGCCACGCAGCGAAAGCACUGCAGCUGCUGCUGCUUCGAGAGAGGCAGAUGCUGCUGCUGCGCUGCUGUGCGUGGGCACAGCUGAAGUUGUACUUAAUGACUGCGUCCCCCAAAAUGGUUGCAUUCAUGUUUUGAGGAUUUCCAGAGUUCACGGCAUGCUGGUCAUAGCUGAAGCAGCAGAACGCAUGCGCCUGCUGGCGGGAGUCCACGAACUCCGGGUCUUUGACGGCAUGGUCUUAGCUGCAUGCAACCACCAACUUCGACUGAUCAAACUGAGCCUCCCCGGAGACAGCCUCCAAGAGGAGCGCUCCUCAAACCGCGCAACGCAGCCGGAGCGCCGCGGCCAGCGCCGCAAGCAGCAGCAGCAGCAGCAGCAGCGAAGACGUGACGGCUCGAGUUUGAUGGACAUAGGGGAAGACAUGGACAAUGAUGGAGUGUCUCAAGACGAAAAAGAAGCAGUUGCUGCUGCAGCUGCGGACAAAGGCUUGGGUGCUCUGGGCCGCAUUCAGCUGCGUUGCAUUGCCACGUUUGCUGCCAGCACUUUCAUUGCCUCACUCGACGUCCUAGAAGACCGGCUGAUUUGCGUUGGUGACAUGAUGUCUUCUGCUUGCAUUGUAGAAUGGAGGCCCAGCGAAAAAGCGCUGCGCGAAGUCGCAAGGGAUAUGCGAUGUGCAUGGCCGCUGGGAGUCUCGCUCUUGAAUGGAGACAGCUGCCUGAUGUCUGAUGGAGAACAAAACUUGUGGGUGCUGCAGCGGGCGGUGCCUGAGGGGGCCCUCAAAGGCCUCUGCUGCGGGCGUGACGGAGAGGCGCAGCAGCGCCCUGCUGCCGCUGCUGCCGCAGCAGAGAGGCAGCAGGACGAAGACACGGCCGGCGGCAGCGGCAGAAACCGUCAGCAGCAGCAGCAGCAGCAGCAAGCGGGUGCUGCUGCUGAGACUGCUUCAGGGUUCAGUAUGAGUGAUGCGCAGCGCUUUCGACUCUCGCCUUCUGCUGCGCUUCAAACUCCAGUUUCCCUUAACAAAUUCGUCCACGGAGGCAUCAGCGUACAAGUUACUGAGGGGCUGCUGUGGGGACCUUCGAGUGAGCAGCAGCAGCGGGAGCAAGGCCCCCCAGCAGCAGCAGCUACGUCAGCAGCAAGCGAGGAGGUUCUAGGUGGGUUGCUAGAGGACGCGCACGAGGGUCUGAUGCUGGGUUUGUCUGGAUCGAGCAGCAGCAGCGGGUGCAGCAGCGGCGGGUGCAGCAACAGCAACAGCAGCAGUGGACAGCCGCACCAGAAGUCGGCUUCGCUCUGUUGCCCCUCGUACACUCGCACUUGGGUUUCAGCUGAAGGCAGCAUUGGAGUUGUUUUGAAACUGAGAGACCCUGAAACUUUCGCAAAGAUGGCGGUGGUGGAGGAUGCUGUUGGGUACAUCAUGGAGUGGAUCGGGUUUCGUGGGAGAUCACCUGGGCAAGGGUCGAGUCCGUAUAAGGGUUUUGUAGACGGAGAUAUGUUAGAGCAGUUGCUGCUGCUGCGGCCAAGAGAACAGCGGGAGGUGUACAAGCUGGCUAGAGUCACUGCAGAGGAAAUCGGCUUGUCGCUGCCCUCCCUAGAUGAACUGCUACUGCAGAUUGAGCACCUGCGGCAGCUGCAUUGA